UUAAUAAAUAUUAUUAUAUAAAUAUACAUAGAAGCUUAAAUAAAGUACUAAAGAUUGAUAAAAUGAUUAGUAAACAAGGAAAAGAUUUAGCUUUAUCAAUGUUACGAACAUUACCAAGGUUAUCUUUAAAUAACAUCCGAGAUAAUCCUGGAUCAAGAAAACCUCCAAAACGUGGUCGAGGUCAACAUGGUGGAGACAAACAUGGAGCUGGUAAUAAAGGUUCAGGUCAAAGACAAAAUUUUAUGCGACCUGGAUAUGAAACAGGAAAUACACCAUUUUAUCUUAGAUUUCAGCAUGAACCAUAUUAUAAAGGACAUCAUCUAAGAAGGGAAUAUCCACCUUUAUCUUUACAACAACUACAAUUAUAUAUUGAUACAAAUAGAAUAGAUUCAUCUAAACCUAUUGAUCUUGUAUCUAUAGUCAACACUGGAUUAUAUAAUUUUAAAGUAGAAUGGAAACAUGCAGGUGUUCACCUUACAGAUGAAGGCGCUGAUAAUUUCAAAGCAAAAGUAAAUAUAGAAAUCCAGUGGGCUAGUGAACCUGUUAUUGCAGCAGUUGAAAGAAAUGGUGGUACUAUUACUACUGCAUAUUACGAUUAUCAUUGUUUAUUUGCAAUAAAGGAUGUUGAAAGAUUUUUUACAACAGGAGAGCCAAUACCACGUAGACUAUUACCAACAGCAGAUUGUUUAGAAUAUUAUACAAGUGCAGCAACAAGAGGAUAUUUAGCAAAUCCUGAAGAAAUUUCUCAUGAACGCUUAAUUUUAUCUCAGAAAUAUGGCUAUGAAUUACCACAGAUUGAAAAUGAUCCUGAUUAUGAAAUGCUUGUGCAACGUAAAGAUCCUAGACAAUUAUUUUAUGGCCUGGAACCUGGUUGGGUUGUUAGUCUUAGAGAUAAAGCAAUCCUUAAACCCAAAGCUGAAUAUCUUAAGGAAUUUUAUUCAAGUUAAAGUAUUUUGUUGUAAAAUGCAUUUAGUAAAUAAAUGAUAUAAAAAAUAA